CCGAGUCAGCAUGGCCUGCCACCCCCGCGCUGCUCCGUGUGGCCGCUGUUGCCGGGAUAAGGGCCGCCUCUCCGGCUCCCGCGCCCGUGAGUGGCUGGGGUGAAGGCAGGGCGGAACGGGAGGCGGCUCGCUGUCCCAGCCGCCCGCGUCCGGGGCCGCCCGCUUCACUCCCCCCAGCAGCGUCGGAGCGAGCAGCGGGACAGUGAGCGAGGGUCGCCGCGCCGGGGGUGGCUGUGCCCGCUGCCGCCACCAUGAUGGAGCUCGAGGUGUCGCCCGCCACGCAGCUAUCUCUGUAGGUAACUGUGUCAUCUGAAUUGCACCUAAGGAAGGCUUCUAUAUACGUGCUUAUCCUAGAAAAUUCACUUUGUAGCUCAUUGACUCAUGUGGAUUGCACCUAAGGAAAGCUGUGCUGUUGAGAAGAAAAUGUGCAGCAUCAACAUGAGUGUCAACAAAAGACAUGAACUUGAUUGACAUUCUUUGGAGGCAAGAUAUAGACCUUGGGGCAAGACGUGAAGUUUUUGAUUUUAGUCAAAGACAGAAGGAAUAUGAACUCGAAAAGCAGAAGAAACUUGAAAAGGAGAGACAAGAACAGCUCCAAAAAGAGCAAGAAAAAGCUUUACUGGCUCAGCUGCAGCUGGAUGAAGAAACAGGUGAAUUUAUUCCCAUUCAGCCUGCCCAGCACAUUGAGUCAGACAACACAGGCAUGCCAACCAAUUUUUCAAAGACUACGCAUAUUUCAAAACCAGAAACAGAUGCCUUGUCCUUUGAUGACUGCAUGCAGCUUUUGGCAGAAACAUUCUCGUAUGUAGAUGAUGAUGAGGUUUCUUCGGCUGCAUUUCAAGUGUUGGUACCUGCUCAUAUAGAUAGCGACGCAAUCUUCAUUACUUCUAAUCAGACUCAGCCACCUGAAUCAUCAGUCCUUCAAUCUUCUGUUGCUGAAGUAGAUAAUAUGCAAAACAUAGAGCAAGUUUGGGAAGAAUUACUGUCCAUUCCAGAACUACAGUGUCUUAACAUUGAAAAUGAUAACCUGGCUGAAGUAACCACUAUUGCAAACCCAGAAACCAAGCCAUCAGAGAUUCACAGUAACUUCUACAACUCAUCAUCCAUUACUGUUAAUUGCAAUUCAGAUUUCCUCAACACUUUUGAGGAUUCCUUUUCUAGCAUCCUACCACCAGAAGACCUCAGUCAGCUGGGACUGGACUCUUUAGAUACCACUUCAUGUUUAAGCUCCAACUUUUCUGAGGAUUUCUACUCCACCUUCGUUGAUCCAAAGGUGAAUGGUGACACAGCAGCACCACAUGUUGUCAGUGAGUCAUUUGCUGAAAUUCCAUAUGAACCUAUUGAUAUUUCUGAUUUCUCACUGUGUAAAGCUUUUAAUGGUGACCAUCAAGGAAAUGCACCAGAAUGUAAUGAUUCUGACUCUGGUAUUUCAUUGAACGCACAUUCCAGUACUGCAUCACCUGAACAUUCUGUUGAAUCAUCUGUCUUUGGAGAUACAGCUUUUGGAUACAGUGAUUCUGAAAUGGAAGAAAUGGAGAGUGCUCCUGGAAGUCUGCAACAGAGCAAUGCUCAAAUGUAUUCAUUGCAGUUCCAUGAUCCAGUCUCUCCUUCUCUGGGGCCAAGCACUAAAAAGUCUGAUCUGCAAUGUGUAAAUACACCAAAGAGAGAACUACCUGCCAGUCCAGGCCACCCCAAAGCUCCAUUUACAAGAGAUAAACCUUCACGCUACCCUGAAGCUCAUUUCACAAGAGAUGAGCAAAGAGCAAAAGCUCUGCAUAUCCCUUUCUCUGUAGAAAAAAUCAUCAACCUUCCUGUGGAUGACUUCAAUGAAAUGAUGUCUAAGGAGCAGUUCAAUGAGGCCCAGCUUGCACUUAUUCGAGAUAUACGCAGGAGAGGCAAGAAUAAAGUGGCUGCUCAAAACUGCCGUAAAAGGAAACUGGAAAACAUAGUGGAACUGGAGCAAGACUUGGGUCAUUUAAAGGAUGAAAAAGAGAAAUUGCUUAAAGAAAAAGGAGAGAAUGACAAAAGCAUCCGUCUAAUGAAAAAGCAGCUUACCAACUUGUAUCUUGAGGUCUUCAGCAUGCUACAUGAUGAAAAUGGAAAGCCUUACUCUCCCAGUGAAUACUCACUGCAGCAGACAAAAGAUGGCAGCAUCUUCCUUGUUCCUAAAAGCAAGAAGCCAGAGACUAAAUUUUGACAGGCAAGGAAGCUAACUGGCUUUGACAGAGCUGGUAUUUUUAUUCUAAUAGCUUUUACUGUGAUGUGAAAUGCAGAAUUGUUAUAUUUUAAAGUGAUUCUAUGCAAAUAUAUAUCUAAAGUCAAUAACUACUAUAUUAAAUACACAAGUUAAAAAACUCUAAUGCAUAUGUAUGCAAAAUGUGUAAUCUCAUUUUUCUAACAGUCAAUAUUUCCUUCUUUAUAGCACCACUUUGGCUAAUUUCUGUAUGAGUGUAAAUAUUUAAAGACAUCUUAUUUAUAUACUGUUCUAUCUCAUCUGUUAUAUUCAUAGAUUUAUAUGAAAUAAAUAUAUAUAUAUGAUUUUAGCUGGCUAAAUACAAUUGGUCUUGCAACAGAUUGUAUGACUUCAGACAUUUUUAUAAAUAUAAAUUGAAUAAUGUUUGCCACUUUUCUUAUAUAUUUUUAUUUGCUUUACAUUUUAAAUAAAAGCUUUACUUUAGUAUACAAGUUGAUACUUAAUAAAGUAUAUUAUUUUGAUUUGUCUUAA